AUGGAGCAGUUUAAAGAUAUUGAAAGGGAAAAUAAGACCAAACCACACAGCAAGCAGGGAUUAUCAGCCGAAGAAAAGCUUGAUCCACGGGAAAAAGAAAAAUCGGAAACUGUGGAAUGGUUGCAGUGCCAAAUACGAUAUCUUGAAGAUGAAGCUGAUAAGACCGAAUCACAAAUUGAAUCUUUGUCAACAGCCGAUCAAACAAGGAAGAAAGGUAAAAGAGAUGAUCCGAAGAAAGGCGAGAAAGAGAAAUUGAAACGACUGGAUGACUUGAGAAAACACCUAGAACGAAUAAGGUUUCACGUGUCAAAGCUAGAAAUUUGUAUGAGGCUUGUUAAUAACGAAACAUUGGAGAGUAAAAGAGUAAUGGAUGCGUUAAAAGAACCUUUCGAAAUGUACAUCGAAUCUUUGGAUCCUGAAAGUGAAAAUGAUUCGGAAUCAUUUGAUCCCGAAACAACAGGAGUUUAUGAUGAGUUAGAUUUGCAAUCAUAUACGCCGCAGUUAGGUGGUGCUAUUUUUGGUUCGGCUGAUUCUGAUGAAAAAAUGGAAAACAAUAUCGAUGGGAGAAUAUCACCAGCUGCAUCACCUACACCAGUUUUGCCGAAGGAAACGGACGAUAACACUACAAAACAAAGACACUUGAGCGGCGAGCCCACUUCACUGCUGACACGACAAAUAUCAGCUAGCAGGAGUACACCAGCUACACCGUUAAAACUUACCAAUCAAGUGAGUGGUGAAAGUUCGCUUAGUUCACCGCCGCCACCAGCCACACCACCACCGCCUCCAGGAAUACCAUACAGUGUGGCUGUUGGACUUGGGACAAAGAACACUAAGGGGAACAUUCUACAGACAAGUGUAAAGCAACCAGUUGAAGUGGUACGACAGUCGCCAGGUAUUAUUUCUGUGACAACAACAACAACUACCAGUUCAAUUGCACAACAACAGCAGCAGCAACAGCAACAACUUACUGCAGUACCCGCAGCAGUGCAACAACAACAACAACAACAACAACAACAGUCACAACAACAGCCACAACAACAACAACAGCAAUCAACAGCUCCUGUAAACGAUGAAAACGCAGUUCCAUCACCAUUACAUGUUGACAUGCCAUCGAGUAUAUCAUCGCAAACAACAGCAGCGCUAAGUCCAGCAAUCCUGCCGACAUCACGAUCCUCAACACCGGAUUCUAAUGUUGCAAAACGUUUUUCCGUUUCAAGUUCAACCAGCAGUCAUCAUGAGAUUGCCACGCUGAAGUCAAUGGCAGCACAAGCAUCAUCACUACAAAAUUUGGUAACAAAUGCAACAGCCUUAAAUAUGCCACCGUCAACUGUGACACAUUCCACAACAGCACUGGCAGCUUCUCAAGUGAACAGCGAGACGAACAGUGCGUUAAAUAUGUCUACUGUAACUGCAAGUGCAGCUAUAGUAAAUUCAACUACAGUAUCACUACAAAAUAAUAUAGCAGGGAAUGACAUUGAUCAGAAUGCUCUACGGCAAGUAUUACGGAUGAGUACCACUCAGGAUGCACGAAAUCACUUGCCACAAGCGGCCAUUAUACCAGCAUGGCUUGGAGCAUCGCCUUUGGGUCGUUCGCCGGCAAUGCCAGAGCAUGAUACACAAUUGAAAUUGUUAGAACAUUCACUGACGCGAACACCAUUACCGAUGGAUUCCGAGAAGCCACGAAGUUAUUUACCAAAAAUGCCAUGUGUAACCGCAGCUUAUUAUCCGCAAGCGCCACUGAUUAAUGCGGAUACAUUAGAAUACUACCUCCGAUUAAGUCCAGAGACACUUUUCUUCGCUUUUUAUUACAUGGAGGGUUCACGUGCACAGUUACUAGCGGCAAAAGCAUUAAAAAAGCUUUCAUGGCGAUUUCACACGAAGUAUUUGAUGUGGUUCCAACGACAUGAAGAACCGAAGCAAAUAACUGACGACUACGAGCAAGGUACAUAUGUAUAUUUCGAUUAUGAAAAAUGGUCCCAACGUAAGAAGGAGCAGUUUACGUUCGAAUAUCGAUAUCUAGAAGAUAAAGAUUUCGAUUGA